AUGAAGUCUGUGCUGUUCAGCCGCUUCUUCAUCCUCCUGCCCUGGAUCCUGAUCGUCAUCAUCAUGCUCGACGUGGACACGCGCAGGCCCGCGCCCCCGCUCACCUCGCGCCCCUACUUCGCGCCCUAUUCCGGGGGCCGCGGGGGCGCCCGGCUCCCGCUCCGCCGGGGCGGCCCGGGCCGCGGCCGCGAGCCACGCAACGAAUCGUGGCCGCGGCCGCGGCCGCCGCCGCCCGAGCCGCCGCUGCCCACCAUCUAUGCCAUCACGCCCACUUACAGCCGCCCGGUGCAGAAGGCCGAGCUGACCCGCCUGGCCAACACGUUCCGCCAGGUGGCGCAGCUGCACUGGAUCCUGGUGGAGGACGCGGCGGCGCGCAGCGAGCUGGUGAGCCGCUUCCUGGCGCGCGCGGGGCUGCCCAGCACUCACCUGCACGUCCCCACGCCCCGGCGCUACAAGCGGCCCGGGCUGCCGCGCGCUACCGAGCAGCGCAACGCCGGCCUCGCCUGGCUGCGCCAGAGGCACGGGCACCAGCGCGCGCAGCCCGGCGUGCUCUUCUUCGCCGACGACGACAACACCUACAGUCUGGAGCUCUUUCAGGAGAUGCGAACGACACGCAAGGUCUCAGUCUGGCCGGUGGGCCUAGUCGGUGGGCGGCGCUAUGAACGUCCGCUGGUGGAGAACGGCAAAGUCGUGGGCUGGUACACCGGCUGGAGAGCAGACAGGCCUUUCGCCAUCGACAUGGCAGGAUUUGCUGUAAGCCUUCAGGUCAUCUUGUCCAACCCCAAAGCUGUAUUCAAGCGCCGUGGGUCCCAGCCCGGGAUGCAGGAAUCUGACUUUUUGAGGCAGAUCACGACCGUUGAAGAACUGGAACCAAAAGCAAAUAACUGCACCAAGGUCCUCGUGUGGCACACUCGGACGGAGAAGGUGAACCUCGCCAACGAGCCCAAGUACCACCUGGACACCGUGACGAUUGAGGUGUGACGGGGCUGCCCUGUGCCUCGGGUGUGGGAGGCGGCAGGCGCAGACUCGGCUCCUGUCUCCCUUUGUUCUGCAUGUU